AUGUCUUUCUUCGGAAGUGGAGGAGGGUUCGGCCAGAACAACCAGGGCUCUGCAUUCGGGAGCUCUGGCUUCGGCACCAACAAUAACACUGCAGGAGCAUUCGGAACCAGUAAUACUGGAACUGGAACCACUGGAGGCGGUUUGUUCGGUGCAAACACGAGCAGCAGCUUCGGCGCAGGUGCCAGCGGAGGAUUCGGUACCAACAACAAUAAUCAAUCUGGUUCGCUCUUUGGCCAGAACCAAAACCGUCCCGCGGGCUUCGGAGCUACCAACACAGCGAGUACUGGAGGCGUUUUCGGAAACAACGCAACUGCUGGGGGCAGCGCAUUUGGAUCUACCGGCGGUGGAUUCGGCACCGGCAAUGCUGGCGGCUUUGGUAGCAACACCAAUGCGACGACUGCCAACACCGGCGGAAGUCUUUUUGGCAAAACUCCUGGUACUGGUUUCGGUACUUCGAACACUGGCAGUGGCUUUGGUUCAGGAACUGGUUUUGGGGCAACAAACACUGCUGCUACUAGCGGAGGCUUCGGCAGCACCGGUACUGGCACUGCUUUCCAGGGUGCCUUGCCUCCUUGUGAAGGUACCGGUGGAACUCCCUUUAAUGCCUUUACCGAGAAGGAUACCAACACCAGUGCGACCAAUCACUACCAGAGCAUCAGUUUUAUGCAACCGUACAGCAAGUUCUCGUUCGAGGAACUAAGACUUGCGGAUUAUCAACAAGGCCGUCGAUACGGUAACGGAAGUGGUCAAGCCGGCGCUUUCGGUACCUCUGCCUUCGGUACACCAGCUGCUGGCGGGUUUGGCACUCAGCAAAAUACCGGGUUUGGAGCUAGUGCUACUCCAUUCGGUGGCGCCGCAGCCACCAGUGCGCCCUCUGCCUUUGGACAAACACAGACUACCGGUGCGUUUGGCAACAGUGGCUCCACGGGCCUUUUCGGCGGAGCAAAGCCUGCGGGCUCGUUGUUCGGAAACACAGGAACUACCACCGCGGCUCAGCCCUCAGCCUUCGGCACGGCAGGAGCAACCGGUACAGGAUUCGGUAGCAGCACUGGAACUGGAGGAUUCGGAAGUACAGGAGGCUUGUUCGGUAGCAACAACCAGCAGCAAAACAAGCCUGCUUUCGGCGCCGCGGGAACUGCCACCACUGGUGGCUUUGGUAGCGGUGGAUUCGGCACUCAGCAGCCUACCACAUCUUCCAAUCCCUUCGGUAGUACCACUGCUACAGCCUCGCCCUUUGGUGCUCAGCCGCAAACUGGCACGAGUACUCUAGGCGGCUUCGGAACGCAGAAUCAAACCCAGAACAAGUCCUUGUUUGGUGGUCCCACGGGCAGUACAUUCGGCGCAAACAAUACCCAACAGCAAACUGGCACCACGGGAGGCUUGUUCGGUAACAAUACUGCUACCGGAAAUACAGGAGGCUUGUUUGGAAACAACCAGCAGCAGGCCCAGCAACAGCCUCAACAAGGCGGGACUGGUUUGUUUAAUCAAGCGGCCAACACUGGCGGUGGGCUUUUCGGCACCCAGAAUCAGCAGCAGGCAAAGCCUGGUGGUCUUUUCUCCGGCUCUACCGGCACUACUGGCGGUGCGUUUGGUGGUGGCUUCGGCAGCAGUCAACCUCAGCAGACCGCUGGUGGGCUCUUGAACAACACGCAAAACCAGCAGCAGAAGCCUAGCCUUUUCGGCGGUCCAACUGGUAGUACUGGUCUAUUCGGCAACAAUCAGAACACUGGUGCCCAGAAUACCGGUGGUAGCCUCUUUGGAACCCAGAACCAGCAGCAGCAGCAACCCACUGGUGGUAGCUUAUUUGGUAACUCGCAAAACAUGCAACCUCAACAGCCCCAGCAGCCUGCUCCCGGUAGUUUUACUUCAUCCCUGCUCGAGGGUAACCCCUACGGUAGCCAGUCUAUCUUUUCGGGUCUGCCAGCACCCAAUGCCCCGUCUCCGGGUCCUCUGGCCACUCCACUCUCCUCCAGCAUGAAGCAGAAGCAGCGCACCCCGCUACCUGUUUACAACAUGACCCCCCAUGCUGCCAAUCGCCUUGUCACCCCUCCUAAGAGAAACCAGGGCUAUGGAUUCUCCUAUUCCACCUAUGGAUCUCCUUCCAGUGCGGCCAGCACGCCUGGCCUUGGCAGCAGCCUGUUGGGCUCAGGGCCCAGCAGUAGCAGUCUGCGUGGUAGUGUCAAUGGCAGCUUCGGGCGCAGCUUCAGCAAGAGCUACUCCACUAGCAACUUGCGCAACUCUUUCAACCCCGAUUCAGACAGCAUUUUGUCUCCUGGUGCCCUGCAGAUUGGCAACGGACGUAGUAAUGGCAGCAGUCUCAAGCGUCUUACCAUCGACCGUAGCUUGCGCAGCGAUCUUUUUGCUCGUCCCGCCAGUCCAUCACCAACCCCCAUUACCAAUGGCGAAGAUGCCUCGCAGUCCGCUGACAAACUGAAGAAGAAGGUCAGCUUUGACUCCCCGGGCGUUUCCGGUGGUGAGCUGGUUCACGUGGAGUCCAAGAGUCCGGAGCCUACCCCCGCAGAGCUCGGGUUCCUUCGCUCCACUCGCAAGAGUGGCAGCCUUAACGGUAUUGAUACCAUUGAGCAACCUGAGAUGGAGUCCGUGAGUCGCGAUCUUGCUGUUGUUCCCGAGAAUGACGAGCCCGUUCCCACUGCUGUUAAGCAUCUUACCGUCCCUAACGGCGACCCCAAACCGGGCGACUACUGGAUGACCCCCUCUGCAGCGCAGCUCCACAAGAUGCCUCGCGAUCAGUUGAAGCGUGUUGUCGACUUCACCGUUGGUCGUCGGAACUGUGGACAGGUCACUUUCAAUGGUGCCGUCGACCUCACCACUGUUGACAUCGACCACAUCUUCGAUGGCAUUGUGGACAUCGGUCUUCGGAAAAUUACCGUGUACCCUGAUGAGUCAAUCAAGCCUCCUAUGGGCAAGGGUCUGAACGUGCCGUCUACCCUACGUAUCGAGAACUCUUGGCCUCGUGUCCGUGAUAAGAAGAGGCCAUCCCCCGUCACCAAUGGACCCCUCUUUGAUAAACACAUUGACCGUCUACAGAAGGUGACUGAUACCGAGUUUAUCGACUACGAGCUCGCCACUGGCACUUGGGUUUUCACCGUGCCUCACUUCACCACCUAUGGACUUGACUAUGAUGAGGAUGAAGAAGGUGAGAGUCUUGAUCAGAGCACUAUGAGUGGAGGCCCUGACAAUCGCACUCCCAAGGCCGAUCACCCCAUCAGCUUUGAACAGUCCGCGACCUUUUCCAUUGACGAGUCGUUUGUUGGAUCAAUGGCCGGUAUGGAUGAUGACACCUUCGAUUUCAAGAAGCACAAGCUGGUUCCUGGCUCUUUCGGGAAUCAGGCCAUGGCUAUCGAAGACCAUGACAUGUAUUCUGAGGGCGAGACCGAGUCUUUUUUAGAGGAAGGCUCCGCGGGUUCAACUACUGAGCAUGACGACGACGUCACCGAGAGCCAGCAAUCUGGCGACUCGCUAGUUGGAUCUGAUGAGGAAGGGGAUAUGGACAUGGCGGGUUCUUUUCCCAGUCUUCAUCGUACCGUGGAGCAGGACGAUGACCAGAGCAGUGUUCUGGAAACCACCCAGCCUAUCUUCAAGCCCUUUGGCACACCACCCAAGCCUCGUUUGAAUCUCAGUGGCGACUGGACUGAGCAGCUUCAGCGAACCAUCAGCCCCCGAAAGCAGAACCGUGAUGCUCUGCGAGAAAUCCAAGCGAAUGCUUUCAACGACCGGGAUCUUUUUAAUGAGGAGUCACCAACCGAGAAAAUCGCGUCUCCGAAGAAGGGGUUCACCAACAGCAUCGACCUGAUGAACUCGCUUUUCCAGCAGCAACCUAAGAAGCAAAGUUCAACUUCACAGCUGAAGUCUUCGAAAUCGCAGCCCAAGGGCUUUGAGUGGCCUUACAACAAACAACCCAAAACAUACGCCGGCGAUACCACCCAAAUGGACCAGAAAGACUCUGCUUUCCAUGAAUCUUUCAAACCCCGCUGGGGUCCCAUGGACACCAUCAUCUGUGUCAAAAAUGACAUGAACCAGCCUCUCUCUGACACAAACCAACAAUGGAAGGAGCUUUACUCUGUCUUCAGUGAGGCAAGGGAUAUCGCGGUUCUAGACUAUAGUCCAUCAAAUGAGUCCACGGAAAUUCUCCUUGUGCAAAAACAGCAGUCUACCAUCCAGCGUAUUGACGGGAUACCUUUGGUCCGUCUAGCCAAGAUGAACCUGCACGAAUUCGCGUUGCAACCAGCCCAGGAGGAAGAACGAUUGGUCUGGCAGCUGGCCAACAUUUUGUUCAAUGACGACAUCGAGGACGAUAUUUCAGCGGGUGUGCCUCCUCAGCUGCGACCAAAGUUUGCCCAUCGGAUUAAGAAGGAUCGUUUGACUCGUCUGUGGAAGGGCAUCAUCCGUGACCGACACGCCCAUGAUCUGGAUCAUAUUCGCUCGCCUGAAGAGCGCGCUGUUCACCUUCUCUGCUCUCACCGAAUUGAGGAGGCUUGCAAAAUCUUGGUCGAUAGCCAGAACUACCACUUGGCCACUGUGGUUGCACAGAUUGGUCGUGAUGCCACCUCACAAGCAGACAUGGCCAAUCAGAUUGAGGUUUGGCGCCAGAACAAUGUCCUCUCUGAGAUGACCGAGCCUGUCCGGGCCCUCUAUGAGCUGGUUUCUGGCAAUGGCCUUCGCAGUGAAGGCAAAUCUGGUGGUGCGUUGGAAGACCGAGCUUCAAGCUUUGUUUUCACUGAGCGCUUUGAGUUGGAUUGGCUGCAGGCGUUUGGCAUCCGCCUCUGGUAUGGUAUCACCGAAGAUGAGCCUGUCGAGGCCGCUGUUUCCAAGUUCCUGGACGACCUGGCUACUGGUCUGGAACCUGCAUUCCCCCACCCCGCGCAAAGUCCCCGGACCUCUGUGCAGCCUGGCUCAGACACUCUUGGUCGUGAGUCUCCACUAUGGGUUCUUCUCAAGGCAUACUCGGCGGCUAGCGGGAAUACAAAGAUCCCUGCCACUGAGCUCCCUGCGGCUUUGCUCCCUCAGUCUUUGUCUGGAAACUUGUUGUCCAACCGUUUAUCUUUCCAACUGCACCAUGUCCUCGCUACUGUCAUAGGACAAAACCCCGCUAUUGAGAUCAAUCAAGUCCAAGCUGACCACCUGGUUUGGGACUAUGCUUCGGAACUGAUCGCCAGCGGAGAGCUUGCCCCAGCUCUCUUUGUUCUUCUUCACCUCUCGAGGCCCGAUGAUCGUAAGCGCGCUGUACAAGAAAAUCUUGCCCGAUUCGGUGCACACCUCCCUGACCCCAUGUCUCCCGAUGGUGUCACUUCUGACCCUGCCUGGCUUCACAUGACUGUUGACCUGCAACUUCCCGACGCCUGGAUUUGGGUUGCUAAGGCCCUUGAUGCCCGUGAUCGUGGAGAUGCUAUUCGUGAAGUUGACUGCCUCAUUCGUGGAAAGCACUGGAAUGACGCCCAUGCUACCUUUUGCCGUAUCGUUGGGCCUACUACCAUUAUAUCGCGAGACUACUAUACCCUCGAGAAGAUUGUCAACGGUUUUGGUGAUGGGCCCGAACGCAAGAUGCGCGGCUGGGCCUCCGGUGGUGGUAUCUAUGAGGAUUUUCUCCGUCUGGCUACUGCACCCCGUGGCAGACGUGACCCGACUCGCCUAACUCGCCUUGUCAAUGCACUGGGUGCCCUAGGUGACCGAGUUCGCGAUGGUUCCGGCUUGGAUGGCUUGGAAGAGCGUGUUGCUUUCAAGGAAAUGAGCCGUGCUCUGGCUGGCUGGAUUACCCAUGAAGAUGUUCAGUCUGUUGAGUCCUCUGCAGUUCUUGGUCUCCCCCUGACCGGUGAUGCGCGCGUCCUGCAGACCGUGGAGAUGAGCAGACGCUACUACGGUGUCGUAAUGGCUGGCGGUUUUUAA